CAUAUAUAUAGUCUAUGCUGUUAACACUUCAUGAUCCAGCCUCGACAGGAAGAAGACGGAAUUCUCCACUAGCAUAGGCACCUGUAAAAUCUAUAUUUUUUGCUUUUGUUUGUAAAACGUAAUGUCAAUAUGAGAUAGAUAGUAAUGCGUUACGAUGCUCGCAGUGUUUGUUGUCCUCGGGUGUGUGUCCUUCGUGGCACCAGAGCUCUCCUGUCCUCCCAAGCAAUAUGUUUCAAAAGCUGGUUGUUGUCCUAUGUGCAGAAAAGGAACCAUUGUUCAGGAGGACUGCUCGUAUGUAGCAGGCACACUCUGCAGCCGCUGUGAGAAAGGGACUUUUAUGAACAAACCCAACGGACUCGAUAGAUGUUUCACAUGCACCUCCUGUGACCCAGGCCACGGCCUCUUUGUCUUGCAGGGCUGUUCAGAAACAACUGACACAGUCUGUGAAGUUAUAGAUGGCUAUUUCUGCAAAGAUUUAGAUGUGACAGGAUGCAGUGCGGCACAGAAACAUACAACAUGUGUACCUGGCGGGAGGAUAAAAGAACCUGGAACCAGAAGAGCGGAUGCACAGUGUGAGCUUUGUCAGUCUGGCUUCUUUUCAGAGCAUGGUGUGAAUUGCAACGACUGGACAACGUGCUCAGAAACCCAGGUAAAGCUGAAGGAAGGAACCGAGAGCAGCGAUGUUGUCUGUGGAGUUUCUUCAAGAAAUCAUUACAUUGUCGUAGUAACAGCAUUAUUGUUUGAAAUGACAAUUGUUGCGCUUUUGAUUAGAGUAUCUCUUGCAGGGGCCAAAUGGCAGUGACUUCAACAUGGCGGUUUUGGCUAACCAACUGGAACAACACCGGAAUGCUAUCUCUGCAGACUUCAAGGCUACUUUAUCUACGCUCGAAGCCAAGCUAGACUGCAUUCAAACCACAGUCUCCGAUCAUACCCACUCAAUUAAUUUGCUUGAAUCCAACGCUAACGAACAAGAUGGACGCAUACCAAGUUUGGAAUCGAUGUGUGCUAAGCUAGCUGAGAAUAAUACCAAGCUACAAGCUAAAUUGACGGACCUCGAGUCUCGCAGCCGCCGUAACAAUAUCAGGAUCAUUGGUCUACCUGAGUCCAUCGAAGGGCCUCACCCCUCCACCUUCUUUUCUGAACUUCUGGCUGAGGUCCUUGGUGACGGCGUUUUUGAGUCUCCACCGGAGUGCGACAGAGCGCACCGUACACUCUCCAACAAGCCAGGACCGGGUCAGAGACCGAGACCCGUGGUCGUCAGACUCCUCAGAUUCCAGCAGAAAGAUAAGAUCAUCCGUGAGGCCAAAGCUAAGAGAGGCAAACUGCGGUACCGUGGGACCCCCAUUGCAAUCUACGAGGAUUAUCCUUCUGAGAUAGUGGAGCAGCGCAGGGAAUACCAAGAGGUGAUGUCUGAACUUUACCAACUGGGCUUCAAGCCCGCACUACUUUUCCCUGCGAGGCUUAACAUCACACUGAAGGAUGGGGUCAGGAAGAGACUUUCCUCCGUUUUUGUAUUGGAAAACCCCUACAAAACAGAGGCUCUCCCACUGGAUUGUGGGAGCCAUUGCUCUUCCCUAUACGAGUCGGCCUACUGGCGCCUGCAAGCUGCUUUUACUCUUGGCCUGGCUAUUUCCAUCCUUAUACUGAGAUAAGCUUGCCUGCCAAUAUGGGAGUUUCAAUAUCUCAUAGUGCGACAAUAAAACCACUGCUUUGAAUGAGAACUUUUGGUUACUUGCAACCAGGGUUCUCAAAGCAGCACAAAUGAGAUGUCUCACCAGACAGCACUUCUUGCCUGCAGAAAGCAAGAAGAGGUGAUGAAUUUUGAAUGAAUGAAUUUUGAAUGAUGCUGCCUUGGACAGCCAGCUUUUUAAGGAAUGGUGGAUUACUUGAAUCGCUAGAAAAUCAAGAAUGGCGUGAGGAGAUGCUUCUGAGGAAUACUCAGGGAGCACAUCCCAUGGUGAGACGUCUUACUAAUGCUAAUGUUAGAACCAGAGAUACACAAGCUACCUACAGUUUUACAGCUCACACUCAGCAAACAUUUGAUUUUGUUCUGAUGCUUCUCGUAUUCAUGCACAUACACACAGAGAGGGAGAAUUAAACCAAACUUCUCUUUUUUUAUAAAUGCUUUUUGUAAUAGACAUGCUGUUUUAUUUGAUGUUGUACAAAGUGUCAACAGCUAACCUCUACUUAACAGCAAUUGUGAACUCGUUCCAUUUUUACUAGCUUUUGUUAUGGUGUUUUUGUGACGUGAAUGUAAAUGAAGGGGUCAUAUUAAAAUGUUUUUUCAUUUAUAAUCAUUCCUUCUGAUUGACUAACCCAUCUGAAUCUCAAAAGUGUGCCAAAUUGAUCGAACAUACUAUGUGUUUCACAGUCAGGAUUCCGGCUAAAAGCCCUUAGAGACGUUGAAAAUAAAAUAUAUGAUUUUGAAAUGUGCUUUUAGGUAUAACAAGAACUUGUUUUUUGAUGCCAAUGUUUUUGUUCUUACUUAAGUACAUUUCUUAGUGCAGGACUUUUACUUAUCAUAGUAUUUUCAAAGUUUUGUAUGGCAAAUGUUACUAAACUAAAACAUUUGAGAAAUGUUGUCAUCCCUGGAUCCUGAUCCCAUAUAAUAUUUCUCAAUAAUCAGUGUUGUGUUUGACAUGUGAGUUCUUGUUUCUAAACGUGUUACAUAAUAAAAACAUUCCGUAUUUUGUAUAAAUGCUUUUUGUAAUAGACAUGCUGUUGUAUUUCAUGUUGUACAAAGUGUUAACAGCUACCCUCUACUUAACAGCAAUUGUGAACUCGUUCAAUUUUUACUAGCUUUUGUUAUGGUGUGAUUGUAACUUGAAUGUUGAAAAUGAAGUUCUACUAAUUCAUAUAAUAAUGUUUUUUCAUAAUAUGAACAUCAUUCCUUCUGAUUGACUAACCCAUCUGAAUCUCAAAAGUGUGCCAAAUUGAUUGAACAUACUGUAUUUUCACAGUCAGGAUUCCGGCCCUUUUGAAAAUAAAGUUGGCUGCAGUCAGUCCUGACAGAGGUCUAUCUGUGGUUUGUUCUCCACAAUAAAAUAAUAGAUUGAAGUGG